AUGACACCAGAUGAUCUUCGUCAUCGUGUUGAACAUCAAUCAAAAUUGUCAUCAAUACCACCGAAAGAAAAACUUCAAACAGCCAAUUCGAAUCUAUUCUAUAUUGAAGAAGGUGGUGAUACACAUUCGAUGAUUACACCAAUGGUCGAUUAUGGUCAUCAUCAUGGCAUACAUAACAAUGGUGGUUAUAAUAUGGCAACCGAAAAGAAACAUUCGAAAUUUUUUUCCGAAGAAAUAAGUUUCGUUAUAGCCGUUGUUACGUUGGCUGUUUUUCUUUGUUUUUUAUCAUCGGUUUUCAUACCUUUAGCAUUUCUAUUUUUCUUCAAUGGAGGUUUACUUCCGUUCAGUGGCGGUCUUAAUGGCUUAUUUCCAAUAUCAAAUACGAUCACUGCUGGUGGUGGUAUUGGAUCUAUGAUGGGAAAACGAAGACGAAAAAGAUCAUCAACGAUAAAUGAUCGAGACACAAAUAUAUUUGAUCAAUAUUUUGAUCAUUUUUAUUCCGCAAUGAAAAAAUUCGAAUAAUUAAUUUUAAAUUUUCAAAACAAAAACAUUUAUUUUAUGAAUUUAA